UGUGUUCAUAAGAGUAUGGUCCUAGCUUGUUCCCAUCUCUAUGAUCACGCCGAGGCGGCUGCUCUCCAGCGGAGGCGUUUUAGGGAACUGCAAAGGCAAAGCCGGUUGUUUGAUACCAGAGUUAGGACCAUUGGGGUUGACAGGGAAGCUUUGGACACCCAAAUCAAAGAUAGAAAAAUUCAAGAAGCAACUCAGAGGGCAUAUGAUGACUCAAUUGCUGCGGAACUGAAACAAAAUGACAAGAUCCUCUGCAUGCUUGAUGAACGACAGAAAAGAGACACUAAAAUUCUAAACAAAGCUAUCAAUGAAUUUCACCAAAAUUAUCAGCAGCCAGAAACACGGCGUGAAUUUGACUUGUCUGACCCGCAAGCUCUAAAGAAAGAUAUUCCUGCUCGUCUCGCAGACAGUGACCCGCGAUGUACUGUAUCUGGCUUGCAGAAGUUCAUGGGAGAAGAUUUAAACAGUGAGAAUAGGUGGAAAUUCCAGAAGGAGCAGACAAGAGAAUGGAUUUUGCAACAACAAAAUGACUGGCAGAAUGCACUAGCAGAUAAAAAAAUUGCAGAUGAUCUCCAUGACAAACACAGACUGGAACUUGAUCAAAAAGCUAUGAACCUUCAAAGAAUAGAUGAAGAAGCAAGACGAGCCAUUUGUGUCACUACUAACGAAUUUAAUAAAGCUCUGGCUGCUGAAACUGCAGAAAGAAGACGACUAGAAAAGCGGCAAGAAGAAGAAGAUAAUGUAGCUGAGAUUUCAAAUCUGCUUAGAGGAGACCUGCUCUCUGAAAACCCCCAGCAAGCUGUCAGCUCUUUUCCAGGUCGAGUGAUAACAGAUCGAUGGAAAGGAAUGAGCCAAGAUCAACUGAAAGAAAUACGUGACAUUCAGAUGCAACAAGUUCUGGAAAAGCUGAGGUUGGAGGAAGAAAAAAGGCAAAGAAGUGCGGAAUGGGACAGAAAGCGCAUUCAGGAAGCUAGGGCAGAAUUACUUUUUGAACGACAGCAGCAACGUCAGAGUCGAGAGCUUCGGAGAGCAUUAGAUAAUCUUAAUGCACAACUCUCCCAGGAACAGAAAGCAAGGAGAACGUAUCUUGAUGAAGAUGUGUAUUCAAAUUUUCCUUCUGGCCAGUAUUACACACAGUUUAACACCAAUAGCCGGUAAAGCUUGAGUCAAUAUUCUCUGUCAGAUAUAUCCAAAAUGUUUGUAUUUAGAAGAAUUUAUCACAGCUUUCUUAAAAACCUUAAUAAAACAGCAGCAAUACUGGUUUUUCUGACAUGGUUAAUAUGAAACUAAGGAUGCAGACUUUACACAGGAAAAACAAUGAAUAGGACAUACAGAGGUGGUAGAGUCUAAAAGGAAAUCUUAAUUUAAUAAUAAAG